AUGACGAGUAAACAAGUGAAAAAUCAGGUGAGAGACACUGUUGAGGGAGGCUUCGACACCCUCCACAGGGUUGCCGAUGUAGUGACUUUUCCUUUGGCCCCUCUGGACGGUGCCGUCCAUGGCACGGCCCGAGGGGUCCUCAACUGGCUCACAGAUAACCAUCCUGAAGAUAGAUCCAAAUCCAAGCAAAAAUGUCUUCCCAAACCACAACAACACUGCAACAACGGCGGUGGCUACGGAGGCGGCUACGGAAACGGGGGCGGCUACGGAAAUGGGGGUGGCUACGGAAACGGUGGCGGCUAUGGAAACGGGGGCGGCUAUGGCGGAGGAAACGAUGGCUAUGGGGGUGGUGGAUAUGGUGGAAAUCCUGCUUCUGGAAAUCCCAACCGCAGAAAUUUCAAUUUUAAAGGGAAUGAGGUUAGCAACAACGAGGGCCCAGCUUUUGGAUUUAACAACUUUGGCAACAGGCGUGGCGGCGGCCCCUACAGUGGCGAUUCUGAAUUCGGCUUUGAGAACAAUAAACUGAACGGGAACAAGAACCGCGCUGAGGGAUUUAACGGCUUUGGCAACGAGUACUGA